AUGAACCCUUCCAUCCUGCUGCAUCCGUCAUUAAAAGACGCUGUCAUACGCCUCCGCCAGACAGAGGCAAAACUCGAACGGAAUCCAGAGCUCAAAGCGCAGUACAAUGCAUUCCUAAAGGAAUAUCUGGAAUUGGGACAUAUGAGCGAGGUCCCAUCCGCAGAAAUUUUUUGCAAACACUCAUACUACUUGCCACAUCAUGCUGUAGUUAGAGAGGACAGCACAACUACGAAAGUUCGCGUCGUAUUCAAUGCGUCCCAUAAAACUUCCUCCGAUAUCCUAAUGGUGGGACCAAAUACGCAAUACACCAUCUUUGAAAUAUUGCUGCGGUGGAGGAGGCAUAAAUACGCAUUGGCUGCUGACAUUGAGAAGAUGUACCGACAGAUACUCGUGGACAGUCGAGACUGCGACUUACUGCGAAUUGUUUGGAGACCAGAACCCCAGGGUCCAAUAAAGCGCUACCGGCUAAACACAGUAACUUAUGGCACCGCCAGUGCUCCCUUCCAAGCAACACGUACCCUACAACAGGUCGCUGAAGACGAGCAAUUCACGUCACCAUCAGCAAGUGAAAGCAUCAAAAUGGACUUCUAUGUAGAUGACUUGCUGACCGGAUCCUCGACCAUAGAAGGUGCAGCGAAAUUGCAAAACGAUAUUGUGAACGUUCUCAAAAAGGCUGGAUUUAACAUUCGAAAAUGGUCCACGAAUUAUGAGGAGGUUCUGAAACAUGUAAGCACCGCUGACCGGGAAACGUCUGACGUAGUCAACAUCAAUCUAGAAAACACCGUCAAGACAUUGGGUUUGCAAUGGAUUCCUAAAGACGACAUAUUCACCUUUAAAGUGAAACUGCCUCAUAUCUCAGCGAACGAGCCAGUUACGAAACGAAUAAUUACAUCCAAUGCUGCAAUAUUAUUCGAUCCGCUUGGUUGGAUCCAGCCCAUCAUAAUAGUUAGCAAGAUAUUUAUCCAAAGGUUGUGGCUGCAGAAACUGGAUUGGGAUAAGCCCGUACCUGACCAGUUGAAAAUCGAGUGGCUGACUUACAUGAAGGAGUGGCCAGCGUUAUCACAACUUCAAAUACCACGAUACAUACAGACGUCUGAUCGCUGCAAGGUAGAACUCCAUGGUUUCUGGGACGCGUCAGUGGCAGCCUUUGCAGCGGUGAUUUACGUUCGAGUAAUACAUCCGGAUGGCACGGUAUCGGCGAACAUAUUAACAUCGAAAUCGAAAGUGGUACCUUUAAAGGUACAGUCAGUACCCCGGCUAGAAUUGAACGGUGCCGUCCUACUAUGCAUAUUGAUGAAACACGUGAAGCAAGCUUGCGAAUUCCCUGCCGACACAGCUGAAUUUUGCUGGACGGAUUCGACCAUUGUUCUCGCUUGGUUGAGUGAUCACCCAGCCAGGUGGAAAACGCUCGUCGCAAAUAGGGUGAGCGAAGUACAGGCUACGAGCAACUCUAGUCAAUGGAGACACGUCGAUACAGAGUGGAACCCGGCAGACAUAGCGUUACGGGGAGUGACUGCUUCUCAACUCCUCAAAAGCGAUUUAUGGUGGAACGGACCCGAGUGGCUGCAACACAAACCAAUCAACUACUCGUCAAGGGCAAUCGACAUUACCACGACACUCGAGAGGAAGCCUGAGACCUCCUGCAAAGUUGCGAAGGUUGCGAAGUUCACUUUCGACGAUAGUAUACUGGGAGGGUACUGCGACUUUGCAAAACUGAUUAAAAUUGUGGCCUAUUGCCUUCGCUUUAAGUCACCAACUAUUGCAAAACCUGCAACCCUGACAACUUCAGAGCUCAACAACGCUGAAAUGGCAUGCGUACGGCUAUCCCAAGCACUAUCUUUCAAAGAUGAGAUAGAAAGGUUGGACAAGGAACAACCACUUCCAGCCACUUCAAAAUUAUUCCAGCUGACACCGUUCACUGAUGCUGAGGGGAUCCUCAGGGUGGGCGGAAGACUGCGACACUCACUAUUAUCGGACGAUCGUAAGCAUCCAGUGAUUCUAAGUCCUGACUGCAAGUUGUCCGAAUUGAUCGUAAGAGCAUACCAUUUGCGCACUUUGCAUGGAGGCAAUCAGGUAACCCAAGCAGCAAUCAGAAGACAGUACUGGAUAUUGCAGUCUUCCAAAUUGGUAAAAACAUGCAUCCACAAAUGCAUAACCUGUUUUAAAUCAAACCCAAAGCCAGGAGAACAGUUAAUGGGAGCGUUACCUGAAGCACGAGUCACCCCUGGAAGAGCCUUCAAAACCUGCGGACUGGAUUUCGCCGGACCAAUACAACUAAAAUGGUCAUCGGGCAGAGGCGCUAAAACGAUGAAAUCCUAUAUAGCCCUCUUUAUCUGCUUGAAGACCAAAGCCAUUCACUUGGAGAUUGUGAGUGAUCUCUCUGGACAAGCGUGUCUUGCAGCAAUCAAACGAUUUGUGUGCCGGCGCGGUUUGUGCUCGGAUUUGUAUUCUGAUUGUAGUACGAAUUUCGUAGCAGCCAGUAAAGAAAUAAAACACCAGUUCAUGCAGAUGAUGAAAACAGUUCAGUCCACGGUAGCUAACGACAAAAUCACCUGGCACUUCAUACCCCCGAGCAGUCCUCAUUUCGGAGGAUUACGGGAAGCUGGGGUGAAGUCGGUCAAACUACACCUGCAGAAAGUAAUCGGUGACAGCUUGUUAACAAUGGAGGAAAUGUACACGGUUCUCACCCAGAUCGAAGCAGUUCUUAAUAGUCGGCCACUCAUGCCCAUCAGCGACGAUGUUAAUGAUCUGGAAGCACUCACUCCCGCGCAUUUUUUGAUUGGCGAACCACUCAUAUCAAUCCCGCAAGAAACCCCGAACGAAGAAUUAAACCUGCUGAAAAAAUGGAAGCUGACACAGUAA